AUGUCAGACUACAGACCAACUUUUUGCUGUGUCUAUAUUUUUAGGUUGAAUGAAAAUGCUGCUUUGCUUUCUAAUACAGAAGUAUUGAUGAUACUUGAAAAUUUAAAAGCUGAUUUAAAAGGUUCAAAAUAUGGACUACAAAAUGCUAAUGAAGGACCCAACAACUUAGUGAAAAAGGAGAAAGGCUUACAGAGACUGAAUACUAUUGUUUAUGAAACUGUUAAAUACUUGGAAGAAAUGCCAUGUGCUACUCAGAAUGCAGAAUCUGUGCAGACUUUCUUAACAGCUAUAAGUGCAUACAGUUUAACAAAGGGUGAGAAACUGCAACUGUUGAAUCUACGCCCAACCAGUUUAGUGGAAGUUCAGUUGCUGAUAGAAGAAAGCGAAGAAAGAUUUACUGAAGAUCAAAUGAAUGAAAUUCUUGCUGUCAUUAGCGAUACACUCCCUCCGGCCCCAAAUUCAGAAAGUCAAGCACCAUCGGAGGCUGAUUAUGACGAGAAUGGUUAAAAUGUGUGUCCUAUCAAUUUUAAUCAUGUUCCAUUUUCAUGAAAUUGUAAAUAAAAUUCAUAUUGUAAUACAAUGCUUAAUGAUUCAAAGCAGCUGUCUUUAUUAUUAAAAAAA